UGUUAUUUUCCUAUCAGGCAAGGCUACCAAUAAUCAUUCUUUUGCUACUCGAACCAACAAAUCAGACAAUGUUUUCGCUCAGAUAUGAUUUUGCUCUAUUAUAUUCUAGCUUAAAAGCGGAUAAUUUCAGCAGUAUGGGAAUGAUAAAAAGGCGUAUGCCGUUACUUUACCAUCGGACUUAAGGAUUUACAGCGAAUAAGAAUUAAGUAGUCUUUUUUAUUGAUCGCUGUUUCCUUUUUUAUCCGCUUCCACCUGAAAAUUAGAAAUUAUCUUAUCAUAAAAAUGUGUAAUUUGAAGAACUUUUAUCUAGGAAGCUCAUAAAUGUAAAUAUAUGGCAAUGAUUGCCGAAGAAUAUCACGUACAAACAGCAGUUGCAUUUUUUUAAUAAUUCCCUUUUUAUUGAUUGAUUGCUUAUAUAAAAAUUCCAAUAUUGUCAUAAAUUGCCAUUAUUGUGCUCUUAUCAGACAUUUAAUGCAAAAAAAUACAUUUUCGUUAUUUUAAACACCUAUUUUACUUUUUAAAAUGCUGCUCAACAAACUGGGUGUGAAUUUUUUCCUAUUGUUUUUCCUUUCUACCUUAAAAGGAAGCUUUAUAUUCGAGGAUCUUUUGAUGACAAAUCCAAACGAAGAACCCUACAAUAAAUUUCACCGCCCCGACUUCAACGAGAGUGCAGUACGAGUCUGUGUGUUCAUACAUCUUGAAAGCAUGCGAGACAUUUCGAGCGAGACUACCCUGGAUUUCUACCUCAUUCAGUUCUGGAGUGACGCCAGAGUCAUCCCAAAAACACCCCCGCUGAAGAUCACAGGCGGCAAUCUUCCAGACUCGAUCUGGUAUCCAGAUACUUACUUCCAACUGGUUCGCUCUCAGAUCUAUUCUCUCGAGGAGCAGUACUUAGUGGCAGAUGAGAGUGGGAAUAUAGAGUACAACAGGAAGGUGCGACUGACCACGCCCUGUUCCCCCGACGUCAUGCUGUUUCCCUUUGAUAUCGUCACUUGUUCACUCAUGCUGUCUAGUUUCGGGUACACCGCCAACGAAGUCUACUACACUUGGCUCAGGGGAUCAGACUCACAAAGCAACGUUAGUGGCGAAGGCGACAGCCAAUCGACAGAAGAACUGACGACGGGUGGUGUGCAUAUAGACGAGAAAAACAACAACGUGGACCAUUUAGGAUUCUACUUACAAGGCGCCUACACUACACACCACAAAGUGGCAUAUGGUGGAUACAACUACUCCACUCUGAAGACUGUAUUCCUGCUGCAGAGGAAGUAUUCAGCCUACCUCAUGCAGGUGUACCUUCCGGCUGGUCUCAUUGUGAUGUUGAGCUGGACAAUCUUCUGGAUCAACGUGGCAGCCACUCCUGCCAGGGCCAGUCUCGGAGUCACAACUGUACUCACCAUGCUCACUCUCGCCACCCAGAGCACGGCUCAGAACGAGAAACACGUCAACAGAAAACUGACGGCAAUAGACUUAUACUUGUGGGCUUGCUUUCUCUUUGUCAUCUUCGCAAUGCUCGAGUUCGCCCUCUCCGACUACACCACCUUCAGAAACAACGCUACGGCCGCAGCAGCUGCUGCAUCCGCAAGAAACAACAACAUCAACGGGCGCUCCCAUCUGCCGACUAGAAAUAUGAUCGACAACACACAAUAUGUACCGACAAAACAACAGAUUCUAACAGCGAAACCGCCCCCACUUAAACAAGAUUACGUCAACUCACACUCACUCCAAAUUGAGAAAAACGAGAUGCUGAAUGGCCAACAGAGAAGAGAGACAAACCAAUUUCUUAUCCACAAUCCAAAUCAGCAUUUGAAAUUACAUGUACCAGUGCCUCCUCAAAAUCGAAGCCGCCUCACACCUCGUGGGCAGACUCAAAAGCGAAAGAGCAGCGGCAUCUCCUUCCUGGAAUCUCGCAUGAUGAGUCUGCACAAGGUGAAUGAAUGGGCCAGGUGGGCAUUUCCCCUUUCCUUCUUCGCCUUCAACCUCGUCUAUUGGACCAUACUACUCUACAUGGCAUGCACCAGACAGUACCCAUAAAAACAGUCUCCUAUAAAAAAACAUUAAAAAAACAGAAAAUAGCCUAAAUUAUGUUUGUAAUUCAAAUUAGUUAUUCACGUUUCAUUUGUAA